GAAGAAUUGGAGCCGGCACAGAGCAUUUUUCUCGCGAUUCCUUCUCCCCACGACUGUGACCGACACGAGACGUGACCUGCGGCACAGAAGAAGGGACGCGCGCGAAAUCGCGAAACCUGCCCACGGCUCGCGAACACAGCGCGCGGAGAGCGCGAGCGCUUACGAGCGUGGAGACGGGCAGCGAGCGCGCUCAUGAUGAGAACAGCCAGUCCAAUUAUCCGUGUUCCUCCCGUGGACACUCCCUUCUCACUUCAGUGCUUACUCAACCACGAAAUCCAGCGCUGGAUUCCAAGAUACCGCUCGCGUGGAGAUUUAAAACUGGACAGAGGCAUGACCGUCCAGAAGAGAAGACGGAGGGACGCGAGUGCGUUUGGUGCCAUGAUUAACGUCCGGUUUUUGCUCGUGUGCUCCUGAGAAGAACGAAAAGGCGAGAAGUCAAGCGGUCUGGCGCUCGAGACAGCUGAUGAGGAGCAGCGGGAAGAAGAGACCUGACAAAGUAUGGCUGCACCUGAUCUUUUAGAUCCUAAAUCAGCCACACACAACACCAAACCACGGCUGUCGUUCUCCUCCAAGCCCAUUGUAUACAACUCGGGGGAUGAUUGUGAUACCAUAACCACCGUAAUGAAAUGGAAAACAGUAGUGGCAAUCUUCCUGCUGGUUGUUCUGUACCUGAUCAUCGGAGCCACGGUGUUCAAAGCCCUGGAACAGCCCCAGGAGAGCUCGCAGAAGUACCUCAUCGUGCAAGAGAAGAUUAACUUCCUUUCCAGGCAUACCUGUGUUAACGUCUCCGAACUGGAGGACCUGGUCAAGCAAGUGGUGUUUGCUAUCCGGGCUGGGGUCAAUCCCUCGGGUCACCCCUCCAAUGAGAGCAGCAUGUGGGACCUCAGCAGCUCCUUCUUCUUUGCAGGGACUGUCAUCACCACUAUAGGCUUUGGAAACGUUUCUCCACACACAGAAGGAGGCAGGAUCUUUUGCAUUAUCUACGCCCUCCUUGGGAUCCCACUCUUUGGGUUCCUGUUGGCUGGAGUGGGCGAUCAGCUGGGGACCAUAUUUGGUAAAGGAAUUGCCAAAGUGGAAAAGAUGUUUGUGAAAUGGAACGUGAGCCAAACUAAAAUCCGUGUGACAUCCACUGUCCUGUUCAUCCUGUUUGGGUGCCUGCUGUUUGUGGCCCUCCCAGCCCUCAUCUUCCAACACAUCGAAGGCUGGAGCGCUCUGGAGUCCAUCUACUUUGUUGUCAUCACUUUAACCACUAUUGGAUUUGGGGACUUUGUGGCAGGAGGCUCUGAGAUUGAGUAUCUGGACUAUUAUAAGCCCAUCGUGUGGUUCUGGAUCUUGGUGGGUCUUGCCUACUUCGCUGCAGUUCUCAGUAUGAUUGGAGACUGGCUGCGAGUCAUCUCCAAGAAGACCAAAGAGGAGGUGGGAGAGUUUCGCGCUCACGCUGCAGAAUGGACGGCUAACGUGUCGGCGGAGUUCAAAGAGACUCGGCGCCGCCUGAGCGUGGAAAUUUACGACAAGUUUCAGCGGGCAGCGUACAUCAAGCGCAAGCUGUCAUCAGAGCUAGGCCAAAAUCCAGGUCAGGACAUGAUGCCGUGCAAGAGGACCCUGUCUGUAAACUUCACGGAUGAACUUGAGAAAGAAGGUCUCCCAACCUUGACCAAAAACGGCAGCCUGUACCUGAACGGCCUGACUCCGGACUGCCCAGAUCACGGCGAGAUCUCCAUCAUUGAACAUCUCAAAUAAAGCUCAAGCUUCUUCUGCACAAGAUGCAUUUGUGUCUACAGCUAUGUUUCUUCACAAAGCUCUAUCAGAAGCGUUCGUAUCUUUCUUGGAUGUAGACUGGAAUCAGUGAGCGGGUGACUUUACGCCUUGUGCCAGUCAAUUGAAUCUGUCUAUACAUUUUGUAGGAUAACAAAGUCUGUAUUCUUAAGCGAAACACGACAGCAGCUUUUAUUAUCCAGUGAAUCAUAUCUGUGCCUUAAAAUCACCAGGAAUAGACUUCCCAGAAGCUGCUACACUGAAUGAUACUAAGAAAUGUAUUGUUUUUUUUAGAGAAUGAACUCUUUGUCCAAACACUGAACAAACCUAAUUGGUUUUUGGAUGUGUGUCCCAAACCCAGCAUGUGUGAGUGUCUGUGCAAAGGGUAUGAGGCAAGAAAGGCUGAGGCUUUAUGAUAUUGACUCAGCUGUGAUUGGUGGUUCACCAAUUUACUUUAAAUCUUGCAUUAGCACAUGGAUUUUUUUUUUAAAUCCGCAUACGCGUUCUGUUUUUAAAGCAGUAUAUAAAGAAUAAAGAAAGUUGUGUGUUCAUGCAAUGUUAUAUUUUUCAGCAUAAAUUUUGUAACAUUUUAUGGCAGUUAUAUUUGCCUUUUUAAGUGAUAGCUCAACCAAAAAUGACUUUCUGGCAUCAUUAACUCACCACUAUGUUGUUCUAAACCAGGGUUAUUUUUAGUUAACUAAAACUAAAAAUUAAACCAUUGGAAUAUUUAACAAAAAAACUACUGAAAAUGAAAUAUUAAAUAAGAAUAUUAAAUACAUAUUUUACAUAUUUGACAAGACAGCAUGUCGCUUUUAGUUUAAUUGCAUUUACUGAAAUAACUAAAAAAAAAAGAAAAAGUAGAUAAAUAGAGAACACAUUCAAUAUUAACUGAGUUUUCACUCAAUAAACUCCUAAUUUGCUGCUUAUUGAUAGUUGUUUGUAGCGGUUAUGUUUAGGUUAAGGGACCUAGAAUACGAUCAUGUAGAGUAAGGUUUUAAUAUGUGCUUUAUAAGUACUAAUAAACAGACAGUAUGCUAGUAAUAUGCAUGCUAAUAAGCAACUAGUUAAUAGUGAAGAGUGUUCGGUAAUCUAAAAUGUUACCAAAACUGCUAAAAUUGACAAAAAAAUACAACAGGUAAUAAAUAUUUGUGAAACUAUAAUAAUAUAUCAUUUAUGACUUCCAUAACAUGACUUUUUUCAGUAUAACACAACAAAUCAUUCUUUGGAUUUGGAUAGUGAAUCGGUUUAUUCAAAAGACGUAUGGAAUUAUGGUGAAUAAAUGAUGACAGAAUUUGACUUUUAGGUGAACUUUUCCUUUAAAUUCACAUACUUUUAAGCCAAAUGAAAUGCCACUUGUUGACUGUGGAGGCUGGUGGACCGAGGAAUGGCCAAAGAUAAGUGUUUUAUCACCGCCUGAGAAAAGUUCUUGAGACUGUUCAGUUACAAUUUAUUUUGUCAUUAUGUUUUUAAUAAUAGCAUACAAUAUGCCAUUAAGUGACGCUUUGAGGACAGGAGUAAUGUACAGGAGGAAUGACCACGAAUGUUCAGUCAGAUGCAUAUAGGCUUUGUGUCAAUGCUAAGUGGAUAAUGUACCAUAAUAAUCGAGCCCAGACAAUUAGCCUGCAUAUGACAACCCACAGUAUACUAAGGGAGAGGGGGGGGGUCAUCAAGGGUUUAAAACCUUUAAAACUUUUUUUUUUAUUGCAAAAGCUUUAUUUUUGACACUGGCAUGAACUGAAACGAUGUCUGUAGCAUCUCCAUGUAGUGUAUUAUUAGCAGUGGUACAUGAUUGGAAAGAUUUUCAACACCAGCUUAACAUCCUUUCUCAAUAUAGAGAUGUGGUUUAUUCAUACAAGAUAUAUGCAUUUCAUUAAGAUCAUAUUUUCUGGUUUGCGAAUGCUGAGAUGCUGGAAAAUCGAUUUUCUUGCCUGGAUUUUCCCACAUUUGUCGGCUGAUUGUCAGAAGAGCAGUGCCAGACUAACUGUAAUAACAGUAUGUUCAUCUUGCCUUUGCUCUGUCUUCGCCUCUCAAGCUAACAUUUCUUGAAAUCUGCUAGAAGUCUUGCUUGUUAAGCUUGGAUUGUUCUUGUUAUGCUAUGACAUUUGUAUUUUUUUUUUCCGGCAGCGUUUUUAUGAGCGUUCCCUGAGCAUUAUUUGUGGUGUUUCUACACAGUUUUACAUCUUGGUGCUUUGCCUUUUAAAAAAGCAGAAUAAACAAACAAUAUUCUUA